GUCGAGGAUGGCAAAACCGUAUCCUCUGCGUGGUUUCAAAUCUUUUAGAAGCGAUACUUGUAGAAAAGUAAUUAAAUUGUUCAAAGUUUCGUUGGUAAAUGCCUCGAAAUGGCACCACGACGACAAAGAAGUGGCACGUGUACGUUAGGUACCCGUGAUGUGUUAUGUGUUUCUUUGAUUGUUGGCAUGUUUGUUGGUAUCGAUGAUACCUUCGCGAACGUAGAUUUUUACAACAUAAAUGAAGUUUUCCUCUACAAAUCUCCGGAUAGUUGUCGAAGUAAUGAAUAUUUCGAUACCUUUACCUUCAAAUGUAGGGUAUGCGAUGAAGGAUUACAUCUCGCUGUGAAUGAUGAUCACCUGUCGUGCACCUGUGAUGAACGUUCGAUACCGUGGCGCGACUACGAUAGUACCAUGCAGGGACCAAUCUGUCGCAACGUUAGUGAUUUCUUCGAUGUAGCGGGACCUCGCGUGGAAAUGAUGAAGUUUUGUCGAACUUACCACGUGCAACAGUUAAAUUCGACAAAACCAGGCGGUCGUAUAGUGCAAAUUUUUCGCAAAACUUACCCACCAGGAAACGACAGCACAGUUUGCGGCUGUGGUAAUAAUCAGCAAAAUGUAGAAACAUACUCUGACCAGACGGGGUCAUACGAAGCUAACAAUUACUGUUUACCGCAGUUAUUACUUAAAGAUGUUCAAAAUUACUAUUCCUUCAAGUUGAAUCACCGUCACAAUGGCAACUUGUAUAAAAACGUUAAAUACUUAAUUUUGUUUUGUCAUAUGAUGCGGAGCCCCCGACACUGCCAUUACUUGGCCAACCUGUGCGUGCUUAGUUUCUAUAGCCUGGAUAAAUAUUCACCGUGUGGCAUUUUUCAUACGUAUCAAACCCACGACAUGUCGGUGGGAACCAAUUCUGUGCCCAAUACGGUAGUAAGUGCUAAUCUUUUCGGGAUUGGAGAUGGUUCGGGUAAGACAGCAAGCCUGUGGACGCUAGGUGACAAUGUGAAACCGCCGUUGUUUUACCGCCGCGGAAAGUACGUGAACGAGAUCUUGGAAAAGUAUUUGGAUUUUAGCUACGAUAUGAAUGCUACUAAUCAGCAAAACAACACGAUAAACUUCACCCUCAUUAGCUACGAUUUAUACGGCCACCUGAAGAGCUUCCGUGCCAUGCGCCUAACGGAUUUGAACUUGUGCGAGCGAUACGCGGUCAGCCGGGAACAGAGGGUGAGCUUUGCUCAGAACUAUUACCGCCAGUGUCGAAUCAGUUUGCAGCGAUUGUUGGAUGAUUUUGCCGAGCCAGAGUUCAUCAAUCUGUAUGCAGAUUAUUAUGACCAAAGAGCACGUCUUUUACGAUCGAUUCCGAUUCUGGUACGAAAGGCAUUUUCCCACAAUGAUCACGUGGAUCCGGAAAAAUGGCAACUGAUCAGAAGGUUUCUGAUGGUUGACGCCGUGUCCGGUCGGAAUGAACAUUUCAAACCAAGACUGUAUGAUGAAAAUGCUCUUCAUGAGAAGUACUUUUUCGUGCGAUAUGUGAGCAGCGUUGAAUUGGAGAUUCGAUUGCACUCAGACGGCGCUAGGAACCCGAAUCGAAUUGCAGUGCCCUUGCUGAAGUUAAAGUAUGACAUGGUCAAUACGUCGCAAUGGGAAUCUAGAUUGUUUUUCGAGGAUACCGUGGAUUUUGAUUUUAGAGUUACUUUUAUAAAAAAAUAUAACUUUGAUUCCUUGCUUGAGAUACUGCUUCCAAUAUUUAUUCUUUUGGCCUUUGCCAUGACCCUCUUCCAAACGUUCUGCCAUAAAUUGCGCCAAAACAAGAUGUACUACGACAUGGAGAUUUUCUUGAACUUUAUAGUCUACCUGUGUUCGAACGUGGCUACGGCGCUACUCGCUGUAACGGUGGCAAUCGCACUACAUGUGUUUAUAACAUACAAAACACAGAGCAAUGUUAAAAUGCUACUUCCAGUUGAGGUGCAAGGUGCCUUGGAAGUUUUCAUUUAUUUAGCAUUUAGUUUCAAGUUGCUCAAAUUGCUGCGAAUUUUUGUACUCAUUUCUGGAAUAGAUAUAUUCUUUAUUGAUUGGGAGCGCCCGAAAGUACUCGAGUCCGGCUUCGGAAAUCAACGCACACAUCUACUAGACACAUCUUCCAUAACAUCUAGUGCUACUAACCGUCCUUCAUGCGAUAGUGUAUCUGCUUGGCGAAACUACUUCAUCGCUAACGAGUGGCAAGAGCUAGCCACCAAGAGAAAGAUAUCAAUGUUUGCACACAUUAUACUCUUAAUUUUAACAUUUUUCCUGUUCGGCUUUGAGCAUUGGUCCUCACGAAGUUUCGACUUACAUUUAAAGCAAACUGAAGAGAAUCUUGGGGAUAGCGAUAAGGUGCUCAACGUUGCCAUAGGAAUCCUAGUGUACGGAACGGUUUACCUCGCACAACGAGUGUACAACUUUCUAAUCUACGAACGUUUCAUCGAGAACGCUAUCCAGCAGUUUAUAGACGUAGCAUCGAUUGCCAACAUUUCAGUCUUUAUUUUGUGCAUGGAAUCGUACGGAUUCUACAUUCAUGGCCGCUCGCCACACGGAUUUUCCGACACUGACAUGUGUUCGAUGAUUCUUCAGUUUAAGCGGGAGGAAGAUAACCUCUGUGGAAAUCGUGGACUCCUUCCGGGUUCCGAACAGCAAACAUACUCGAUAUUGGUACCGAAAAAUCUACGAACGUUUUAUGAUAAGCUUAUCGCUCCACUUAGAAAUUCGUCAAGCUUUGGACCGCACCAGCAUCUAAAUCAGACUCAUUUGGUGGGCAGCGCGAAACUUAGUAACUCGGGAGUCAUCAGUGGUCCAGGAGGACAGUUCGAGUAUAACUUUGAAAGGACCAUAUUGACCUACUACAAUGUGAAUCGGUUCUUUGCAGCAUUUGUGGAUCACGCUCUCAAAGAUUUGGACUAUAUAAUUCAAGAACGAACCAUCCUUGAAAGUUUGCUAAACUGCGAAUUUCAAAGCUACGUAACCGAAAAUAAAGGCGUUUUCUACAUUGACAACGGACACUCAUUCGAUCAGGUGUUGUUCUACGGUAAUGAAUCGGUAUUCUUCCAACAAGAAUUGGCUCUUUUCCUGCUCGUAGUUCUGUUGAGCAACGAUUUUCUGAUAGCGAUCGUUGUGGUUGGGAUAUUGUAUAAAUUGUUUGAAAUGGUAAUGAACUACAUGUUGAAGACUAAUUUGGCCAAAAAAACGCUAAUCGACAAACGGUUUCUGAUUUAAGUUAGUUUUACUCGGGAAUGAUACUGUGUGAUAACAAUUAUA